GUUGUAAUUGCUUUAACGAGUAUUGUAAAGUGUACGGUAUUAGCGAGUAUUGUAAAUUGUUUGUUGUACAAUAAAGUAAAUUGUACAAUUUGGUCAUUGUGAGCCUUUAUUUAACAAUCCUUAUAGUACCAUAUCUGGCAUGCAGCCCUGUGGCAGUUUUCGUUCAGUUUUGUUUGUUUUGGUUAAGUUAAGAAGAAGAAAUCACGGCGCAGGGUCGCCACAAAGGCAUGAUUUUAAUUGGCUGAGUUUUUACUUACUAAAAUUAUGUGAGAAGCUUUAUACGAUAUUUGUCAUGCGUCAGAAUUUUUCACUUUAUCUUACGUUGAAAAGAUAUACAUAUGUAAUACAUAUUGCAUACAAAAUGAAUUUCGGGUAACCGCAAUCAUCUCUGCAAAAGUUCGGCCACAUACAACCCUGCAUAACCGAUUAGCCAAUCAGCUGUAUGCUGCUUUAAAUUUUCGUUUAGUUCGCUUUAUUUGCAAUUUUUGUUUUGUUGCUGCCUUAUUAAUCGAGCCCCAGCGAGUGGCAUGUAAAACGCAUAUGACUUGUGACAGCAUUGUGUGGCGAUAAAGAAAUUUUUUGUGCUUGUGCAUGUGAAAUUUCAUGGCGUUACGUGUGCACAUUUCGAGAAUUUACAUUUGCACAAUUAUUUUAUCGGAGUUUUGAAUUUGAAUUGUAUGAAAAACAUAGCGGAAGUGGUUCGACGCAACGGACAUCGAGUAAGCACAGCGGGUACAUUUUAAAAUAGCAGAAAACAAUCAUAUGUAAAGUGGAUAAAAUGCUACCUGCCAGUGGUACCGUGAACGGCUCGGCAAUAGCUAUUGCACAGAUGACAACUCAAACGGCCGCAGCCCAGCCCUCUUUUGCGGGGAAUAGUGCAAGCGUCACUACCCCGCAAUCUGAACGUCCGCGUAUUGCAGAACCACUGCGUAUACAGCGAUUGGAGGCAGCACUCAACAUGCGACCGUUCAUGGAGUAUGCUCGUCAUGUAUUGUCGCAGCCAUUGAGCAGUGGCGAUGACUCAAACGCUUCUGAAGAAGAGGCAAAGGUUGGUGGUGUUACGGAUAAUUCAGACGAUGAAGGAGGCGGUGCCCGCAAGAAACGUACACGCCUACUUGGUACUAAAGAAGAGCGUCAAAGCGUGAAAAUGCAUUUAUUCAACUUUAAUGAUCUAACCAACGAUCGCGAGUGGCUGUAUGAAGUUUUACUCAGUGACACUGACACUGAGACGGAAAUCAGCGACGAGGACGAUUAUAUUAAGGAGUUGUUAAGAACACACAUGCUCGAGCAAAAGCAUAGAGAAAACUUCUAUAAAAAAACAACGAAUACCCAAUAUGCCUACUAUGGUGCUGGUAUGCUUUCCAAUCACGAUAUGUUUCCCGAACACCAACAAUCUAUAGUGGGCGUGCGUAAACGUCGACGCCGCACUAAGAAGGAGAAGCCUGCAAAACCACCAAAGUUGGCGAAGGAGCCAAAGGGCCGUAAACCACGAAAGACUAAGGUGGAGCAACCUGAACCUGGGGAGAUACCACCUUCUGAGUUGAACAAUUACGCUUUUGGGGACACGUCAGCUGUUAACGAUGACGACGAUGAGGAGAUUACCGAUGAGAUGGAUAGUACCUUAGAUGCUAAUCUGUCACUGCUGCCACCUGGUGGUUUGGCGCAUAGCGGUCGCGGACGUCGACGCAAGAGCCAACAGCAACGUACACCCGAAGUAAUGGCUGCUCGUCGCCGACGUGUUUGGCAACUUAUGGCUAAGAAGGAGCUUGGACGCUGCCAACGCGCCAAGGGAAAUAACCAUAAAGAGAUGGUGCAGAAUUGUAAGCGCGUGGCAACUAUGUGUUCGAAGGUUGUGCGACAACGAGCGAUGAUAUCGCAGAAGGUUAUGAAGGAAACGGUGUGGCGCGCCAAGCGUUUAACGCGCGAAAUGAUGGGAUACUGGAAGCGGUAUGAGCGCGUAGAGCGCGAUACGCGCCGACGUAUGGAACGUGAAGCGGAAGAGCAGCGCAAAAUGGAUGUUGAGAUCAUUGAAGCAAAACGGCAGCAACGUAAACUAAAUUUUCUUAUUACGCAAACGGAGUUAUAUGCGCAUUUCAUGUCCAAGAAGCUGGGACAGGGCACCGAAGAAGAGCAAUUGCGUAUAUUGAAUCAAUUGGAUGAAGAGAUAAAUCCAAGGCUAGCUGCCUAUGACGAUUAUGACGCUGAGCAUUUUAAAUCGUUGGCUCAAAAGAAUGCAGAACUUGCAUUUUCAGCAGAUCGCGAUAAGACCCAAAGAUUUAACGUGGCGCGGAUCAAGCAAGAAAAGCAAGAGAAGCGAGACGCUCAAUUGGAGGAUAUUAAAUCGGAAACGGAUAAUGAAGAAGUGCCAUCGUUUGUGAAGCCAGCAAAGGCAGAUGUACCGCAGCCGGAAAUGUUCAAGGGUACACUAAAAACGUACCAAUUAAAGGGUGUUACUUGGCUGGCUAAUCUAUACGACCAGGGAAUAAGCGGUAUAUUAGCAGACGAAAUGGGUCUAGGCAAAACUGUACAGUCGAUUGCGUUUCUUUGCCACAUUGCCGAACGUUAUGGUGUGUGGGGACCAUUUCUGAUUAUUUCACCUGCUUCUACGUUACAUAACUGGCAGCAGGAGAUGCAGCGUUUUGUGCCCGAUUUCAAUGUGGUACCCUAUUGGGGUUCACCGAAUGAGCGUAAAAUUCUCCGUCAAUUUUGGGAACAAAAAGAUUUACAUACCCGUGAUGCCAGCUUUCAUGUGGUAAUUACCUCCUAUCAGCUGAUCGUGUCCGAUUACAAGUACUUCAAUCGUAUCAAGUGGCAGUAUAUGGUGCUGGACGAGGCACAGGCCAUUAAGAGCGCCUCUUCGAUGCGUUGGAAACUAUUACUGGGCUUCAAUUGUCGGAACCGCCUUUUACUUAGUGGCACGCCAAUACAAAAUAGCAUGGCAGAAUUGUGGGCACUGUUGCAUUUCAUAAUGCCGACACUCUUCGACUCGCAUGAUGAAUUCAAUGAAUGGUUCUCGAAGGAUAUCGAAUCGCAUGCCGAGAAUAAGACUGGUAUCGAUGAGAAACAAAUAUCACGACUACAUAUGAUACUCAAGCCAUUCAUGUUGAGACGUAUCAAAAAGGAUGUGGAAAAUGAGCUGUCGGACAAAAUUGAGAUUAUGGUAUAUUGUCCGCUGACUAUUCGACAAAAAUUGCUUUACAUGGCGUUGAAAAAGAAGAUACGAAUUGAAGAUUUAUUGCAUUUCACGGGUGGCGGGGCGGGAAGUUCCGGUGAUGGUCAUCACUUUGAUAAGAAUUUUACAUCAAAUCUCAUGAAUUUGGUGAUGCAGUUUCGAAAAGUAUGCAAUCAUCCAGAAUUGUUUGAACGACGUGACGCUAAAAGCCCUUUUGCCAUGCGCUGUGAGGAAUAUGUGUUGCCACGUCUGGUAUAUAAUGAUUGUUUGCUUCAACGCGCCAUACCAAGCAAACGCCAUCUGCUUUACAAUAGAUUCUCAAUUUUUAAGGCAGCUUCUAUGCAGAAAUCACUCUUCAGUGAACCUAGCGUCACCAAAGCAUCAAAAUCCAACGAAUACUAUGCACGUUAUGUAGACUUGAAUGUCAGUGAUGAUUGCUGUUUCAGUUUCACCCGACUGUGUGACCUGUCACCGGGAGAUAUGGAAGAUGUUACUAUUAACGGCUUGGUGUCUUACAUUUUACACUAUCGUCGCAGAAUAGUGCAAUACGCUCUAUUAGCAUACCGCCGCCAAUGGUGGUCGCAUUAUAACGCUACACGCUUUCAACUGCUCGAGGUGAUGCUUGAGAAUCCAUUGCAGCGCAGCUUUAUGUUUGAGCAAAGUGUGUUACGUAAUUUCGUAUUUACUGGUGUGACUUCUCAGGAGAGCACUGUUUACGCCUUUGGUAACUACAAAACAGUCAACAUUCAGGAAACUAUUGAACACCGCGUCAUACGCAGCAAACAUGUUGACUUAACGAAAAAAUCGGCGAUCGAACAAGCCAGUUUCAAUGACUCGAUUACUAUAAAAACUGAAUUAGACUUGGACACGAGCGAAGAUGCAACACAAAUGAGUACAACACCUGUGUCAAGCAAGUCACAAAAAUCUGCACCGAAACAUGGUGAGGAUGUAGACUCCAAUGGGAAGCUUCUGCCUGAAUUUCAACAUGUACCACGCACACCCACUCUGUACCAAUGUGAAUCGCUACAAAUGCCGCGCUUCCUCUAUGGUCUCAGUCAACGUGUACAAGCCGUUAAAAGACAUAUGUACUGUGAAAGCCGUGACGCUGCUUGGGCGCAGAUACGCCACUUACAGUGUGAAAAUCCUACUGGCAUGGAACUGGUUAAUACUGCCCUUGAUUUGUGUCGACCACGUUACGGUUGGUCUUCAAUUGCGGUGCCCGACAAGCAAACACUCGUUUCGGAUGCCGGCAAGCUAGCUGUGCUGGAUAGUUUGCUAACACGCCUCAAAGCGCAAGGACAUCGUGUGCUAAUCUAUUCCCAAAUGACGAAAAUGAUCGAUUUGCUGGAGGAGUAUAUGUGGCAUCGCAAGCAUCGUUAUAUGCGUUUGGAUGGUUCGAGUAAAAUUUCAGCACGUCGUGAUAUGGUUGCCGAUUUUCAAACGCGUGAAGACAUCUUCGUUUUUCUUCUCUCAACGCGUGCUGGAGGUUUAGGUAUCAACUUAACGGCUGCAGAUACGGUAAUAUUCUAUGAUUCCGAUUGGAAUCCGACUGUCGAUCAGCAAGCCAUGGAUCGUGCGCAUCGUCUGGGCCAAACGAAACAGGUGACCGUUUAUCGGCUGAUUUGCAAGGGCACCAUUGAGGAGAGGAUCUUGCAGCGUGCGCGCGAAAAGAGCGAGAUACAACGCAUGGUUAUAAGUGGCGGUAAUUUCAAGCCCGAUACACUCAAACCAAAGGAAGUGGUUUCAUUACUGUUGGAUGAUGAGGAAACUGAGUUGAAAUAUCGCCAAAAAAUUGAUCCCGAUGCGCCAGCCAGCAGCCAAAACAAAGAUAUGCCCGGCAUAAGCAACGAUAAGAAACGCCAGCGUAAUCCAAAUAAGCAAUCAUCGGCGGCGACAUCACAACCAGGUGGCAUUACUAUACCAGCAGCGAACAGCAGCGGCAUUAGCGCUGAAGACGCCAAUUCCUCCAUCGGCAGCUCACCGGCUACUAAACGACCGAAAUUGGAAGCCGCCGCCACAAAUGAUGAUGACUCUAUCGAUGUAGCUGCCACAUCGGGCACCUCGAGUCCGUGCACUAGCGCUGCCACAGCUACAGGCGGCAAUAUGGAACCAUUUGUACCCGGCGCCACCACCGUUUCGCACAACGACGACUCCGAUAAUGAGGCAUUGAUUGUGGACUGUGAGAGUCCGUUGCAUGGUGCUGAAUCGCCCACUCUAUUUGGUGACUAUGGCAAUAUUGGUCGCAUACGUCGUCGCCAUCAUCCGCGUGGCACUAAACGUGGUCGUCCACGCGGCAGCACAAGGCGUGGCGGUGGUAGUGGCACCUUGGGUCGUUCACUCUCAUCGCCGGGUAAUGGAAAUGUAACAACGCCCGCAACACCAGGUGGAGAAGAUUCCACACAUUCAAUAUCACUCACCAAUUUAAGUCCCGUCGAAUCCAGCUUCUCACCCGCUGUGCCAACACCAAUGAAACGCGGCCCCGGACGUCCACGCCUCAAGACCGCCGGUCCAACAUAUCAAGGCACACGUGGUGCACCACGCACACGCAAGCCAAUCGGUCCGCUUGUAGUGCCAUUGGGUCACAGUCCCGGCGCCACGCCAGUCUCACGCAGUCCGGCAGUUAGUCGAGCGCCAAGCCCAAGUUUUUCGGAACGCAGCAGCUACAGCGCGACGGGUGUAACGAUUUCUGCAGCUACAAAGGAUGCCGCCGGUGGUAGUGGCGGCGGCGGCGGCGGAGGAGAGAAUUAAUUUCGAAGGAUAUUUAAUUGAAUUAUCAGCUAAUUAAUUUAUUACAAAAAAACUAUAUUAAAUAUAUGUUUAAAUUUAAGCUGACUAUUUUGUAAAAUUAACUUAUUUAGAUUUAGUUUCAACCACACUCACUUUUAGUAAUUUAAGUUCAAAGUGUUCAUUAUGCAUCAUUAAUCGGUUUAAGGUUAAAAUGAAAAGAAAAGUAAUAACAAUAAUCUACUUAAUUACAUAUGUAUGUAUGUACUCGCUUAAGUAAAUAGCA